CCGAGCGCCAAGCAGUUUGCCCGCUCCUUAGACGCGGGAUGUGGCGGAGGUAUUGCAGUUUACUAGGAUGUUGCGCAUUGUGAGCUGGAACAUAAAUGGAAUCCGAAGUCCCCUGCAAGGGGUGGUGUGCCAGGAAACCAGCAACAGUACCUCCAUGGCCAUGAGACGCAUUUUGGAUGAACUGGAUGCUGAUAUUGUCUGUCUCCAGGAGACCAAAGUGACUAGGGAUGUGCUGACAGAGCCCCUGGCUAUCGUUGAGGGCUAUAACUCCUAUUUCAGCUUCAGCCGCAGCCGAAGUGGCUAUUCUGGUGUAGCUACUUUCUGUAAGGACAGCGCUACCCCAGUGGCUGCUGAAGAAGGCCUGAGUGGCUUGUUUGCCACCCAGAAUCCGGAUGUGGGUUGUUAUGGAAACACGGAUGAGUUCACACAAGAGGAGCUCCGAGCUCUGGAUAGUGAGGGCCGGGCCGUCCUUACACAGCACAAGAUCCGCACUUGGAAAGGAAAAGAGAGGACCUUGACCCUUAUCAACGUGUACUGCCCCCACGCAGACCCUGGGAAGCCUGAGCGGCUGACCUUUAAGAUGCGCUUCUAUCGUUUGCUGCAGAUCCGAGCAGAAGCCCUCUUGGCAGCUGGCAGCCAUGUGAUCAUUUUGGGUGACCUGAAUACAGCCCACCGCCGCAUUGACCACUGUGAUGCAGUCAACCUGGAAUGCUUUGAAGAGGACCCAGGACGCAAAUGGAUGGACGGCUUACUCAGUAACCUGGGGUGCCAGGCUGGAUCCCAUGGAGGGCCCUUCAUUGAUAGCUACCGCUAUUUCCAACCAAAGCAGGAGAGGGCCUUCACCUGCUGGUCCGUGGUUAGUGGUGCCCGACAUCUCAACUAUGGUUCUAGGCUUGACUAUGUGCUGGGGGAUAGGACCCUGGUAAUAGAUACCUUCCAGAACUCCUUCCUGCUACCUGAGGUGAUGGGCUCUGACCACUGCCCUGUGGGUGCCACCUUGAAUGUGUCCUCUGUGCCUGCAAAACAGUGCCCUCCUCUGUGCACCCGCUUUCUCCCUGAGUUUGCAGGUACCCAGCUCAAGAUUCUCCGCUUCCUAGUUCCUCGUGAACAAGAACCUGUGUUGGAAAAGUCAGCGCUGCGGCUCAGCAAUCAAACACAGGUACAGAAGCAGCAAAACAAAGUCCGUGUGCGCUCAACCAGGCCUCGGCCAAGUCAGGCUAAUUCCAGAAGAGGCCAGACAAACCUGAUGAACUACUUCCAGCCCUCCUCCAGCCAUUCCAAAACUUCUCCUGAAUUGGAGCUGCUUAGCUUGCCUCUGGUGAACAACCUCACAACCCCAAAGACACUAGAAGAGGAGGUGAUAGCCAGAGAGGUAGAAGGGCAGGCCAAGCACUCAGAGAGUAAGGAAGAAAAGGAGUUACGGACCUCAUUCUGGAAGUCUGUGCUUGGGGGACCUUCACCCAUGCCCCCCUGCAGUGGCCACAGGGAACCAUGUGUGAUGCGAACUGUAAAAAAGCCAGGACCCAACCUGGGCCGCCACUUUUACAUGUGUGCCAGGCCCCGGGGUCCUCCCAGUGACCCUUCCUCCCGCUGCAACUUCUUUCUCUGGAGCAAGCCCAGUUGAACCCAUGGAGACCUAGGGAUAUCUGGCAUGAUCACCCAUUCUAUGCUGCCUUCUUCCCUAAGGCCUCCUUGCUUCCCUUCCUUCUCUUCUUUUUUUUUGGGGGGGGGGGGU